CCUCCCGCCGCCCCGCCCGCUCGCCCAUGCACGCGCCGGCUCCUCCCGCGAGCACGGAGCGGAGAGCGCGGCACGGCCAUGGGGAGUGGGAUGAGCCAGAUCCUGCCUGGCCUGUACAUUGGCAACUUCAAAGAUGCAAGAGAUGCAGAACAAUUGAGCAGGAACAAGGUGACGCACAUUCUUUCUGUGCACGACAGUGCCAGGCCCAUGGUGGAGGGAGUUCAAUACCUGUGUAUUCCAGCAGCGGAUUCACCAUCUCAAAACCUGACAAGACAUUUUAAAGAAAGUAUUAAAUUCAUUCAUGAGUGCCGACUCCAGGGUGAGGGCUGUCUUGUGCACUGCCUGGCUGGGGUCUCCAGGAGUGUGACACUGGUGAUUGCAUACAUCAUGACUGUCACCGACUUUGGUUGGGAGGAUGCCUUGCACACCGUUCGAGCAGGGAGGUCCUGUGCCAACCCCAACCUGGGCUUCCAAAGGCAGCUGCAGGAAUUUGAGAAAUAUGAAGUGCACCAGUAUCGGCAGUGGCUGAAAGAAGAAUAUGGAGAAAACCCUUUGCGGGAUGCAGAAGAAGCCAAAAGUAUUCUGGGUAAAUAUAAAGAGCAAGGGCGCAUGGAGCCCCGGCCUAGCACCAGGCGGUGGAGCAGCUUUUCAGCCCUGUCUCCUCUGACCUACAAUAACUACACGACAGAGACCUAACAGAGAUACCUGGUGUUUUCCUUCCUGCUGCGGGUCUUCUGGGUUGCCUACAGGCUGGUGUGCCUGGUGUGCUGGCUACUGCCUCUGAGGACUACAAAAGGAGAUCACAGCGAGGUGGACCACUCAGGGCUCCUUCCCCAGCAACCCUCCCCUGCCCUGCUCAAGGCCUUUUCACUCUGCCCAUCUUCACCCAAUCUUGGCCUCACCUGAGCUUGCUGUGCCUGGGAUGCCGCUGGGCUGCAGUGUAUUAAUUGUAUGCGUACAAGAGUGUGUAUGUGCAUGCAUGUGUGUAAGAGUAUGCCUAUGUGCCUACAAAUGUAUGCAUCGUGAAAGAGUAUACAUGUAAAUGUGUCUCGGCAUGGGAGAACUGAAUGUUUGCGGUGCUGAAAGUUAUAAAUCCCCUGCUGAUAGAAUUGGGACAGCCACAUUUUUGUUCAACUCCACAUGGAAGUCAUUUGAACUUAGCUUUGAAAAGCUACUCACCAAGUAACAGCCUAUACCUGUGAUCAGUGAGAACUCAGGGUAUGAGCAGCUGGAAGCAGUGGUGUUUCAGAACCUGAGAUGAUGCAGAGGAGGAAGGGACAGGACCCUCCAGAGGAAGGGUGACAUAACCCCUACCAAAAAUUAUGUAUAUAGGACAGGGGAGGGGACUUGUGAGAAUUGCCUUGGGCUUGCUAGGAAUAUCAGACCCUAGCCUCUCUGCUGCCUCAAGACAUACUCCACUUGCCAGCCAGUCAUAUCCCUGAGUUCUACUUGGUUCCUGCUCUGUGUGGGACCAGCAUCAUUUGAGUUCCAUGGGGACAAGGAGGACCUGAGCCACAGUAGCCCUGCACCAGAGGUCUAGCCUGCUUCCUGUUUGCUUUUACACACUCCAGCCUCUGGAUGGCCUCAUGUUGCAGGGACUAAAUCUCAGGUUUGUAUGUACCUGCAGGAAUUGGAAAGAAAGAACAGUUAUUAACACCGUAGCAGUUUGUGUUUAAAAUGCCUGAGCAUUUACUGAGCUCACUGGUGUAGGCUGUGGACUUGAUCUCUGACCUCAGCUACCUCAUUAGAUUUAUUUCUCUCUUUCUUAUUUAAGGCUAGUGUUUCUUUGGUAUCCCUGUCAAUUCUUCUUCAUAGUUGAAAAUGUUAAUCAUGUUGCUUUUGAUUUUGAAACCAAAGAAAAAGACAUUUAUAUCAUUGAGCUAUUUAAAAUCUUCAAUUUGGGCUUCCAUGAGGUUUUCCAGUGGGUCAAACCCCAGAUUCUGGCCACGAGAACUCCUCAGCUUGAAGUUUGUGGCAGCAGGCACCUUCCAGUCCUUCAUGCCAACUCACAUUUCUUAAGCCAUAUGAAUGAAAAAUACACUCAACCUCUCCCUAAAAAGAUGCUGCAACCAGGUUUUUCUGAAUUCCAUCACAAAAAGAGCCCCUGAAUAAGAAGGAUAAUCUUCCUGUGUGUGUAGAGCAUGUCAAAUUUGAGCCCUUUGGGGCCCAGGGAAAGUGAGGUUGCCAGUUCUGCACGUAUGGAGGCCCUGUGUGUGUAGUGAGAAAGGUGUCCAUGAACUCGCAUCUUCAGCUGUAAUAGCCUGCCUUUAACAAGGAGCAUAACUGUGCUGGCUAGAAAAGCAGGCAGGAGGCUGCUAGCGGGCCACAGAGCAGAGUGAGGUCCUGGCACUUGAGAGAAAGAGGAAAACAAAGCAGUAGGGCAGUGAAGGAAGCCUGGGUGUGUGUGCACACGUGGGACAGCUCCUUAGAUUCCCUAGGUUCUCAACUGUCUUAACUUUUGUUGCCAGUAACGUUCUUUCUCCACAGCCGCCCCGGGAAUUCUGAAGUACUGGGCCUUUCUCAGAAGACUGUAAUGUACCUGAAGUUUCUGAAAUAAUGCAAAGUUCAGUCUGGUGCUGCCAAAAAGAAAAGUGUCAUAGUGUUUAUUUUUAAGUGUCCAGUAGUAAUUUGUAAACUUGUUUGUUUUCCUUUUAAAUUGAAUGCAUGUAUAAUCAUGUUGGAAUACAUUAAGAACUAUGGAGAUUCUGUAGCAAGAGAAAAUAUCUUUGCCUUAACUCCACUGCUGUGGUUGUUCCUUCGACCCAACGGAUGCUUGUAGAAUAAUCUCAAGAGCUCUAUCACACUACCUGUUCUGUUUUGUAAUAGUAACUACUUGUCAUGAACACUACCCAGGGAGGAAAGCUGGCACCUAGGAAGUGUGUAGUGCGAACUCUACACUCCUGUUAAGUUCUCCAGCCCAAGAUACAUCUCUCAGUGUGUGUUUUACCCAUGGUUGUUGUUCUCCAUGGUAGAAUUACCAAAAGCUACUCACUUUCAUUAAUAAAGAGCAAGUCAACCAAGUCUAA